AUGGCGUUUCGUUCUCCAAGCCUGGCGCGACACAUAAGUCGCUCAGUGACCCCCCGAUCUACUAUCACCACAUCCUCCCGGCAAGGCCUGACCAGCCCAGUCCAGCAAGACGCAUGCACGCCGCGCCCACUUUGGCCGCAGCCUCUUCGGACCCAAACACUCAGCCCAGCACCCCAAUCCGUCUAUACAAGCUCGCGCACACCUCAUCGCCGCGCAGCCUCGAUCAAAACCUCGCCAUCUACAGAGACAAGCGAGACCGCCCUCGUCGGCGCACCUGACAUCACAAAUUACUACACCAUCUUCCCCAACACCCUUCCGGCAGGGCCACCACCAGCAUCCCCCUUCGAAAUCCCCAUAGCGGAUCUGCGCCGUGAAUUCCUGCAACUGCAAGGCAUAGUCCAUCCAGACAAAUUCCCCUCCGGCGCGGCCAAGCAACAGGCCGAAGCGCUCUCCGCGCGAAUCAACGAAGCCUAUCGCACACUCUCCGAUCCUUUGCAGCGGGCACAGUACCUACUGCGCGAGUGGCACGGGAUCGACGUCACCGCCGAAGACGCGUCGACGAAGCACGCGCUGGACGCGGCCACGCUGAUGGAGGUGAUGGAGGUGCAAGAGACGAUUGAGGCGGUUGGGGCGUCCGCAGGAGCGGAGGCGGAGAUCGAGGCGCUGAAGCGGGAGAAUGAGAUGCGGGUUGCUAUUUGCGUGGGGGCGUUAGCGGGAGCGUUUGAUAGGGGGGAUAUUGAGGGGGCGAGGGCGGAGUGUGUGAAGCUGCGCUUCUGGUAUAGUGUUGGGGAGGGGUUGAGGGAGUGGGAGCCUGGGAGCACGGAGAUUCGCCUGGUGCAUGGGUCUUGA